GCAUGGCAUGUACAUGACGCGACACACUCGCACAAGGUACUAGGACACCUGAUGCAGACACCAUGCGCACCUCCGGAUCCAGACUGGAGGACAUCUAUACUUCCUGUCAAGUAUCCAGAUAUCGCUUACUCUUCAUACUGCUGACAGUCCUGGGCAUAUUUCUCAUCAUUACUGUAAUCAACGAAAGCACGUCUACUGCAACCUUUCACGAUGAAGACGUGUCCAACUCAUAUGACCCCAGUUGGUCCGAAAGGUCGAAAGGCAACUGGUCAGUUCUGGGCACAGGGAUGGUGAUGAGACGGCAGAUGAAGACCUGGAACGUCCUGGACAGCCUAUGUGCCACAAAUGACACUCUCAUACCCGUGAACGUGUCCACCCCUGCUGGAAAUGUCGUAAUGUAUGUACAUGAUGAAGAUGACGAAGUUGCGUAUGAGCAGAAAGAUAAACAGAUCUUGACACCUGUACUAAAACUCAUGUGGAAGAACAAAGACAUGAGUUUCAUUGACAUCGGUGCCAACACAGGCCUGUGCAGUUUGGUCGUAGCUGCACUUGGAAACCCCGUUGUUGCUAUUGAACCAUUCCGUGACAAUAUUCCAAGGUUCUGCCAAGGAAUUCUGGACUCGGACUUGGUUGGCAGAUGCUACAUUGUCACCAACGCACUAUGGGAUUCGAACAGAAUGGUUAAAGUGACACCAGCUUUAGGAAAAUUUAAUCACAAUUACAAGGUAUUGCCAUACCCAAAUCGAAAAGGUGACACGACGAACACGAUUCUUCUCUCGGAGUUGCUCGAUCAGUUCCCUAUGACGAAAACAGGGAUACAGAUAGGCUCUCAUGACAACGUGACCCGCGUGUUGGCAGGAGGUGUAAAGCUGUUCGAUGUAGUGGAUGUUGUGUUUGUACAUGUAAACUGGCACUAUGUACUCCAAAAACAGCAGGACAAGUUCGUCCUCAAUUUUCUGAAAAGCCGCGGAUAUAGAUCGUAUGGCUAUUGGAGGGAUUUCACUCUGCUGGACGACCAGCCUGACACAUGGCCCCAGUAUGUCUUUUUUAUGAAAGAUGGUGAGGACAGCCCAUCGGGCAAAAAGCAGAAAUAUGUGGGAAAGAAGGACAAGGGUCAUUAUGCCAAUAAUGACGAGGAUGACGAUGGUGACUACGAUGGCAAAGACGACAACAACGACUACGAUGAAUACAAAGAAUACGAUGAUUACGAGGACUACGUAGACUACGAUGAUUACGAAGACUACAUGGAUUAUGAAGGUAGUGGUUUAGAAGAGGGGAGCAUCUGGUCUCGGAUGAUACAGUCGAAAGUUGGGAGCGUUGUUGCAGAUUCAAGGAUAGACUAUGACGAUCUCGAAGACUAUAACGAUGACGAUGACGACGACGACGACGACGUAGAAGAGGAAGACGCCACCUGGUGGCGCUACACUGACACAGACGUCAGAGAUGGAGGACAUGGACCUCUGACUAGAAGACGAUAAAGGACAUACAGGAUGCUGUAUUUAAAGCAAGGCCGCUGCAGGAAGGCUUUGAUAUUUCAACAGCUAAAAUGAUUGACAAUAUUUAUAGCUCUAGGUCUAGUAACAGUUGUAGAAUAUGAUGUUUUAUUGAUUGACAAUAUUUAUAGCGCUAGGUCUAGUAACAGUUGUAGAAUAUGAUGUUUUAUUGAUUGACAAUAUUUAUAGCGCUAGGUCUAGUAACAGUUGUAGAAUAUGAUGUUUUAUUGAUUGACAAUAUUUAUAGCUCUAGGUCUAGUACCAGUUGUAGAAUAUGAUGUUUUAUUGAUUGACAAUAUCUAUAGCUCUAGGUCUAGUAACAGUUGUAGAAUAUGAUGUUUUAUUGAUUGACAAUAUUUAUAGCUCUAGGUCUAGUUACAGUUGUAGAAUAUGAUGUUUUAUUGAUUGACAAUAUUUAUAGCUCUAGGUCUAGUAACAGUUGUAGAAUAUGAUGUUUUAUUGAUUGACAAUAUCUAUAGCUCUAGGUCUAGUAACAGUUGUAGAAUAUGAUGUUUUAUUGAUUGACAAUAUCUAUAGCUCUAGGUCUAGUUACAGUUGUAGAAUAUGAUGUUUUAUUGAUUGACAAUAUUUAUAGCGCUUGGUCUAGUAACAGUUGUAGAAUAUGAUGUUUUAUUGAUUGACAAUAUCUAUAGCUCUAGGUCUAGUUACAGUUGUAGAAUAUGAUGUUUUAUUGAUUGACAAUAUUUAUAGC